UUCAAGUCGGGGAAUCCUAAGAAGAGGAAGCGCCUGGAGGCAGCUACUGCAGUCACGGAUUCGGACGUGGAAGCGCAUGGAGGAUGGAGACAUCUCGCUGACGAAACUGACCUUCGUGGAGGCAUAAACAUUGCUAUCGAGAGCAACAGCACACCGAGUACUUACUUAGCUGCUAUGGAUAAUGGUCAUUUCACGAUCGGCGCGCCACAUCUGGCCGCUGAAGGACCAAGUCCGAAUGAAGUUUGUUUGUGA